AUGCUAAACGAAAACAACGUCCAAUACCUUGGCUACAUUUCGCUUGGCACUCCACCACAACGGUUUAAGACCGUGUUUGAUACUGGAUCAUCAGUACUAUGGGUACCAAAAAAAGGUUGUCGCUCUAGAGGACCAGUUGUUGAACAUUGCGCAUCUGGUACUGAAUUGUACGAUCCUGAAGCGUCUAGUACUAAAAAGAGCACAAAUCAACCGUUUCAAAUCACUUAUGGUACUGGCAGUGUGAAGGGUUACUUGUACGACGAUAUUUUUGCUGUGAGUUGAUUUUUUGUUUUUUAGUCUUAACAAAACUUAAGGUGAUGAUAAGGCUAAAACUAAGACCCACCUAAGGCUAAAUUCAAAGCUAGAACUAGAACUAGAGCGUGAUAGCUAUACUAACAGAACAAGAAUAUACAUAUUUUUAGUUUGGUGACCCAAAGGGCUCUCAACUAAAGCUCAAAAAGCCAGUACGAUUUGGAGCUGGUGAACAAAUGACCUUCGGCGAUGUUUCUAUCCUAGGCUUGCCUUCAACCGACAGUCAAGGCGAAACUUCAAUCUUCCACGAAGCUGUAGAAGAAGGCCUCAUGGACAACCCCAUCUUCACAACAUACUUGACCAAAUGUGCUCAACAACAAUGUGAUAAUGGUGGCAUUAUCACCUUUGGUGAAGAAGAUACAAAAAACUGUGGCAAGGUUGCUGAUUGGGUCAGUGUUGUACCCAGGACUACACAUUGGAAGGUUAAAAUGGCUGGACUGAAGGUUGGAGAUCAGUUUGUUAAUGUUAGUGUUAAUGGAGUUAGUGAUACCGGAACGUCUCAUCUGAUUGUGCCAACUAAUGUCAUGAGGACUAUUGUUCAGCAGCUGAAGCCUCAGCAAGUGGUAAGGAGUUUUACUUUUUAAGGGUUGAAUUUUUAAAAAAUUUUUAAUUUAUAAAAAUUUUUUUUUUAUAAAAAAAAAUAAAAAAAAAUAUUUUUGAAUUUAAUUUUUACAGCAAGGCGGCUACCUAAUGCAAUGUAACUCCAAGUUUUCAAUCUCCGUCAUCAUCAACAACAAGGAAUACCCAAUCAGCAGUGACAACUUGCUCAUACCUCAACAAGGCAACUUGUGCCAACUUGCCAUAGCCGGGGGUGAUUUCCCAUUCGUACUGUUGGGAGAUCCAUUCAUUCGAUCCUAUUGCCAAGUUCAUGAUGUUAAGAACCGAAAAUUGGGAUUUGCACCAGCUAAUGGCAGUCCUCAACCUACGCCAUACAAUGGUGGUGGUAACGGCGGUAAUGGUGGAAACAAUGAGGGCAAUGGAGGUAAUGAUGGUAGAAAUGGAGGUAACGGUGGAAGGAACGGUGGAAAAGACAAUGGCGGACGACAUGGUGGACAUGGAGGCAGACAUGGUCAUGGUGGUAACAAUGGUGGAAACCAAGACUUUCCAUUUUUUGACACAUUCAAAGGCACACCAUUUGAAGACAUUUUUAAAAAGGUCAUUGAAGACAUGAAAAACAGAUAUUGA